AAGUCAAGUUUGUGUCUGAGAAUUAUACCACUAACUAUACUAGCCCAUCUUCUGGCUAUGAUUGCCACGUGGCUGCAAAUACUAACAAGGUUUCUCACAAGACGAGUCAUUUUCGCGCAUUUGAACUGAGUCAGUAUUACCUCUAUGAACUUUCAGGCAGCUCUGUUAUUGAGCGACCCAGGCAGAUCUGCCCUUAUAUUAUUGUAGCUUUUCAGUAUAGGGAGCCUAAAAGGAUGGCAGCAUCAGCUCAUAAAAGCAUAUUUGAACUCAGUGAAAAUGUGCUCACCUCUUCAUGGCAAGGCAGAUUAAUUAUUCAAGGCUGUCUGCUGUGUGAUAUAACUCUUUGGUCCUCUUAUGGUACAGCUGUUCCAACGCAACUGCCACGUGAACUAGAUUUUAAGUAUGUAAUGAAAGUGUCAUCUUUGAAAAAAAGACUACCAGAAGCUGCCUUUAGAAAACAGAAUUACCUGGAGCAAAAAGUCUCUUGCCAGGAUAUGUGCUUCAGGAUGUAUGAAGUGGAACUGUCAAACAAACAAGGGGAAAAAAUAGAUAAACUAACAGAGUAUAUUAAAAAUAAGCAAUUGGCAAUCAUCAAAUGCUUAGAAGAUCGGGGGGUUUUCAUCUUAUUUACAUCAUCAGCCUUAAUACCAGAAACAAAUUUUGGAGAUGGGCAGACGGGUCUAUGUGGGUUACAUUUAUUCCAUCCAUCCCUUCCAGCAGGGCUGAAAGAAUUGAAAGGUGAAGAUGACAUCUCAUUGAAGGUGACACCUAUUUUACCUGCCCUUAAUUGUGCCCUGCUAGAAGCAAAGAAGUCAUUUACUGAAGAAGGAGUGUGUCCAAACAUAUUAGUAAAGCAUAGUUUCCAAGAACUGUACAAGGUAGACAAAGGCUCUUCAUUGACUGCUGCUUCCCAAGAUGGAAUCCAAGAGACUGCAUUCUUUGGCCAACUGUCCAAUGGCUUUGACUUGGUUCCUCCAGUGGAAAAGUGCCCUUCACAGUCUUUAACUCAGUUGAGGUCUUAUUUUUCAGAUCCUAGUGGGUAUGUUUUGGAAGUGUCUACUGCGUUAGAUUUAUUGGCAGAGCGUCCUCAGUCCCCUUGUAUCUCAGAUGGAAUUUGUGACGCUGCAUUUUCUUUAGUUAUGACUCCAGAUCCUGAAUUUCUUGACUCAGAGGUAGAAGUAAGAAAAGAAACUGAAACCGAGAAGAAUCCUGAAGAAAUGUUGAAAGCCAGGCAGGGAGCUCUGCUUCCGUUAAGCGCAGCAUCAAAUCUGAGAGUUCAGCCUAAGAGAAAGGCAAGCGUACCACCCGCCGUGCAGAGUAAAAGGGUGAACUUGUGCCGCCCCUUCCCCAAAAGAAAUCCUGCCGGAGCAAGCAAGGGUUCGGAUUCUCUAGCAACUCUCAAAUUAGUUAAAGGACCAUUCCCUCAGAAAAGAAAAAGAGGUGCUGACGUGCGGGCUGCACAGUUUGUACAGACAACCAAAUUGGAUAGGAAAAAACAAGAAGCUCCCAUUUCUAAAGAUGCUCCAGUGGCAACGAAUACUAAAAGGGCAAGGAAACAAGAGAAAUCUCCAGUCAAAACUGUUCCAAGGGCUAAGCCACCCGUGAAGAAAUCUCCACAAAAGCAGAGGGUAAAUCUAGUAAAAGGCAAUCAGAAUCCCAGAAUCAGAAAGCAGCCACAACCUGCAAAAGGAGAAACUGGUUCACAACUUCCAUCAGAAAUCUCAUCAGUUGGUCAAGAGGAUGUUAUUAGCAUAAAUGCAACUCAGACAGAAGAUAUCUCGGUGGCUCAAAAAGAUCUGCCUGAAAACUCCAUUGUCAACUGUGACUCCCAAGCCCUCAAUAUGCUAGCUGACCUAGCAUUAAGUGCUGCUACUUCUACCACACCACCAUCUGAGCCCAGGAGCUUUCCCUGCGCCUCUGAAUCACCACAGAAUGAUGUUUUGCUUUCUAAAGAACAUUCUGUGCGCGGUACAUCUGACCAUGAGUAUCACAGAGGAGUUAAAAAUCAAAAAGGUGGACUGUUACCUAAGCCCUCCUCUGAGAAGAAGAGUAGUCCGGCACCCGAUUCCCCCAUCAGCCAAGAGGAGGAGAGCGUGGCUCCUGGCAGUCCGGCCCCCGUGGAAGCCGCAUCAGCCCUUUCUGAGGAAACGCUAGAAAGUAAUGAUGCAAGCCAAAGCUCUUUUGUUGCCGUGGAACAUUCCUAUGCCCUGCUCCUUGCGGAACAUUCAAAGAAGCACCUACAGCAGAGAGGAACCUCCAGCCCUGCCUUCGCCAAGAAUGGCCCCAAAGGCCCUGAGGCGGGGACCCCGGUGGGGAAAGUAAUGCCAUUCCGGCACCAGCAGAGCGCGUCCCCGCUGCAGAAGCUGUCCGAGGCCCUGGUGCUCAAGCGCAGGAGCAGAUUGCUGUCCUCCGGCCUGAAGGACUUUCACUGCUCUCACACUGUGUUCAGCUGUGACGGCUCCGUUAAGGUCACUUUCACAUGUGACACGGAGUAUGUGUUCAGCUUGGACAGCAAGUAUACCAACAACCCGCUGGAGAAAACUGUAAUCCGAGCACUACAUGGGCCCUGGAACACUGACUUACCUGAUAAUGUGGAAGAAGUGAAGCUUUUACUUCAUAUGUGGGUAGCUCUGUUUUACAGCAAGCAGAACAAAGUCAUACGGUCAUCCCGAAAAGUGGUAGAACACAGCAACCCAGCAAAAUAUGUGUCUAUAAAUAGCACAUUAGAAUCUUUUGAAUUCAGUGAAAUUGAGGAGUCCUCCAGUGUGGAAAGAUGUUCUGUAGACCCUCUUUUGGAGACCAAUGAAACUCCCACAGGUCAUGCUGCCGACGUGUCCUUCCCUGACACUAACGCCUUGCUUCCCUUCAUGAAACCACCACCCACGGGAGGCUUGGAAUUCUGGGUACAGAAUGAACAGAAAGAAAUUUGUGCAGGAGAGGGUCAUCCAGAUACCCCAGAAAGCCAGAAUUUGAUUUAUUCUUGUAAUAAUGAGAGCGUCCUGAGGAAAGGAGGCCAUACGGAAAUUGACCUGCAGCAUUUCUGUCAAGCCUUUCACAGAGAGAAUGACACGCUGCUAGUCAUCAUCAGAAAUGAAGAUAUAGCAUCGCACCUGCAUCAAAUUCCCUCUUUGCUGAAGCUGAAGCACUUCCCCAGCGUCCUCUUCGCUGGAGUGGACGGCCCCGAAGAUGUGUUGGAGUACACCUACCAAGAGCUAUUUCAGACGGGAGGCUUUGUGGUCUCGGAUGACAAGAUCCUAGAAACCGUAACGUUAGCUCAGCUGAAGGACAUGGUCAGGGCCCUGCAGAAGCUGAACGGAAACGGGAGGUGGAAAUGGCUGCUUCACUACAGGGAAAACAAAAGGCUAAGAGAAAACGUCAGAGUGGAUUCAGUUGCACAUAAGAAGAACUUAAUACUGAAAUCCUAUCAGAGUGCAGAUCUCAUCGACCUGCUUCCUUAUCACCAGUGUGACUCUCGAGCACCAUCAAAAGCAGAACAUUUAAAAUGUCUGCUAAACCUGCAAAUUCAGCACAUCCACGCCAGGUUUGCGGUCUUCCUAACAGAAAAGCCCACUGUCUCCAGAGAAGUCUUUGAAAAUAGUGGCAUCCUUGUUACAGAUGUAAAUAACUUCAUUGAAAAUAUACCAAAAAUAGCAGCUCCGUUUAAGAGUAGCUAUUGGUAAGAACACUUUCCAGAACUCUCCUGUGUGAACGGGACGGGACAGAUACUGACAUUUGUAUUUGUGUCCGGGAGGAAACCAGUUGUUGGCAAACUCUGUUCUUUACCUUCUACAUCAUGCUGUAAACUUUAAAUCUGUACUAGGGGUGGAAUUGCUGUUGGUUUGGCCUAAGUGGGAAUUUCUGAAGGAUCCACCUACUUCAGAGUAACCCAUUUCAUCUGAAUGACACCAGGUGUCACCUGCAGUUCCUCUUGUUCCCAGGACCAAAGAUGCAUAGAAGUCCCCGUUCGACAGCCUGUUUCUAAAACAUUUCUUGGUGGUUCUGUUUAAAGAUGAAAUUACCAAUUUUGUGUUUCUCCAGGUGAUCAGCUGGCCUGGACGGUGAUGCCACCACCACCAAUUCCUAGUUUCCUUUUACUCUGAAAACUUUUUAGAUAAAACAGCAGUUUUCUCAUUUGAAAAAUCAAUGUUCUACAACUUGAGAGUUUUCCUUCAUUUCUUUACACUUUGCUAUAAAAUCUUGGCCUUCAUUCACAGUGGGACGUGAGCUGUCCACUAGCUUUGGGUUGCAGUGUUCAAUAUUAUUGUUUUAAAUUAUUUUCAUUUUAUACAGAGAGCCUUCAAAGGUAUUAAGCUCAAUGUUAAAAAGAUUUUUACGAACACGUUUACUUAGUUGUAGCAAAAAUAAGUCUAUUUUAACGGAUAGCUUUGUUUUUGCAUGUUCCUGUCUGAAAGGCGUUCUGUAGUGCAUGUUACAGUCGGUCGGAAAGGCUUUACCACCCUCGUGAAAGCUAGGAUCCUAUGUGGUUGGUUUGCUGUUACUCUGGCAACACUACAGUAAGUUCUUUGUUACAGAUUUAUAAACUGUCAGUUUCCACUUAGUUUUUAUAAAUACUGCACUACAAAAUCAACCCUCUGAGGAAGAAAAUCAUUUAUUUAUGGUAUUAGAAAUAAUUUCUACCGUAAUCUUUAAACUCAAAACCAAGCAAAAAAAUGUUUGUAGAUACAUAGUAUCUAUUUGGAACAAGUUUUUGUAACUAAUUUGUUUCAUUUUUUUUAAAUAAAGACAACUGAAAAAUCAA